GGUUUUCGGCAUGGUGAAGUCAAGGCAUCAAAAUAUCUUCCCGCGAUACUUCUGUGUUAAGAGGUCCGUACUACUGUAUAUUCGUUUUUGGCAAUGUAUGCAGUAGUGUUCUUCGAGCAUAACAUCACUAGCUGCUUAAUAGACAACAGCGGAAAGCCCGUUUAAAUUUUUGGAAAUAUUAGCUAAAGGUAACGUCUGGUAGACUGGCAGUUGCCACACGUAAGCUACGUUCACUAAACUGCUAAGCUAGCUCAAUUUUUAACGCUUGGUUGAAGGAACGAAACGACCCUAGCUAGCUAAGCUUUUUGCUCUAACAGCUAACGUCACUUACCGUUAGCUUUAAUGUUAGUUAACAUAAUGCUCAAUAUCGUUAAUUUGGCUGGCGUUAACCUUUCUAACCCUAAUUACUAGGUAACGUUACACGCCAUAGUAAUUUUUGGCAUACAACAAACUGAUUCUAACGUUUUAAGAUAACUUGUUGACUGUGUCAGUACUAAUUUUACUUCACACACUGUCAACAAGACCCGUUCUACUCCGUCAACCCUGGCGUUUCCUUGUUUCGAUGGGAUUUAUUUACCAAAGCAAGAAAAUACAUUCUUGCAUCAUGUCAUGGAUGAACUGGAAACAUACCAAAAGAAGAGCAACCGCAAGAGUGUGCUCCUGUUCCCUCCACUACCCAGCAGACUGCGAUACUUGAUUCACAAAGCCACAGAGGACCUGCCAGAGUUCACUACAUUCUCAGUAGGAGAGAAUGGGCAUCGUAGGGUGGUGGUCUGCCAUUCUGAACUCAGGAAUGAGAGAGAAGACGACAGUAGCCUAGAGAAAAACAGCUUGUGUGAAGAUCCUGUAAGAAGUAGGGAGCCCGGUUCCUCGGUCCAGCAGCAAAGCCGAAGACCAAAAAGACCGGACAAACCCCUUUUCACACCUCGAGCUGUUCGUGAGAGGAUGUCCUUACAAAACCCACAAGGACCCACAGCAUACAAAGAGCUGUCAAAUUUAGCUUCUAGUAGCUGUACUUGCCCCAGAGGUUCAUCUGACUCUUGUUUCUCUCAUGAAACUACCAAAUUCACAAGCUCCUCAUCCACAUCCAGCCAGGAAUCUGUCCCCAGUGUAGCGAGCGGUAUUCUCAACCAUAUUGCAGAGAGUUCAGUAUGUCCUCCCGAGGAGGAGUUGGAGCUGAGGCUGCAUGAUGCUGAGACCUUGGUUUGGGACCAGGCUUUGUCUUCUUUUGCUGACAUGACUCUGGCGGACUAUGAGAAGGACAAGGAAAACCUGGCCAGUGGCCCAUAUUGCACCCAGACAGAAGACAAUAGCACAGAUCUGGAUGUUGUAAGUGAGAUUAAGGUGCAUCUGAAAGACACAGUGUCUUUUUCCAUUGAACACGUCCACAAUGACUUCUCUAUUUAUGAGAAUGUGUGCAUCAACCCUGAUGAGUUUCGUCACGUCAUUGAAAUCUAUGACUUCCCAUCUAUGCUUAAAACAGAUGACAUCCUGGAUGCUUUCACAGAGUACAGUGAUGGAGGAAUGAAGAUCAAGUGGGUGGACAACACACACGCCCUGGGGGUUUUCUCCAGUGAGUCAGCAGCACUCCAUGCCCUCUCCAUCUGCCACCCACUGUUGAAGGUACGGCCAUUGGCAAAAGGGAGUAAAAAAUCCAAAGGCAAGGCUAUGAGACGAGCAGAGUUUAUCCAGCCAGUGAAAGAACGUCCCAGGACAGACUGUGCUGCUGCCAGGCGGAUGGUGACCAGAGCAUUGGGGCUGCAAGGACGUGGACAAGUGCAGCGAUACUAAGGAGAACUGCUUUUACACUACUGGCACAUACAGAACAGUCCAUCAGAAGUCUGCCUCCAUUCACUGAAGAAGCCACAAUGGCCACAAGUCUCUGGUCAUCAACUGCAGCAGGCCCAUGUUGUAAAGAGGGAAACUUACAGAGCUGACUGUCCCAUGUCACCAACACUGGCCCUGCUGAAGUGUCCUCAAGUAUGACACUGAAUCACCACCAGCGUCAGCCGUUGUUCUGUAGCUCAACCUGUCAUUGUGUUGUUCCUGUUGUCACUAAUAAGGCAUUGACAUAAGUCUAAUGUAGACUGUGGGUACAUCCCAUAUCUGUUAUAGGUUCGUUCCUAUGUCCAGGACAUAACCUGGACUUGACUGCAUGCUACCUGGAAACUUAAAGUACAUUUCAAGGUUGCUUAAUUUCCAGUCAGGAGGUGAAUCCCAAUUCCACUAAUUGCAUCUAUGUUUCCCCUCACUUGUCUUCUUCCUUGUGCACUCGUGUAUCCCUGGUUUUAGCUCCUCUAGGCAGCCUACUUGCUCCUUAAAGCAGAAACGAGAGCUUUUGGACAUCCUUCAUCAUGGUGGACCGGAACAACUUUGAGUCAAGUGAGGACAGAGGAACAAUAAACUAAGGGAAUUGGGAUUCACCUAGGGUGAUGCUAGAUUGGUUGUACAAGCCUGUACAUAGUAAUUAUUUAUUAGCUUGUUGUCAAAUUCCUGCACAGAUUUUCAGGAUCUGGUUCUAUUCCACUGUGUGCUGUAGUUACCGACAGAUUUACAUGCAGAUUUUUAAAUGGAGUGCACAACUCCCAACAGUUAAAAGUAAUGUACUGUCAAUCCAUUAACUGAAGCAAUUCUGUUUGGGGGAAAAAACAUUUUGGUUAAGUUCUUAGACAAACAAACCUGGGUUAUUUUGAGAGUUCAAGUUGUUUUUCUCUGUCGAUUUAAUAAGUUCUUGAUUAAAGUUUAACUCCAAUCUUCUGUAACAGGUUGAAUUUGUAUGUCAUUUUAAAUUUGAAUUUUACUUUUCUGAAAGUGGUAUUAAUGCAGCCCGAGUUUCUACAUUUUGUUUAACAUACA